AGGAUCUAACAUAGCCCCGCGAGGCGCAUGCGCGCUUGUACCGCUUGGCUGCCGUCCUGCUUGAUCAAACGGGGUUAGCCCCUGUUUACUUUCUUCCACGGUUAAAUCCGGGUUCCGGAAAGGAGCAUCGCGAACGAUUUCCUGAGGAGGGUCCCUCAAAGUUUAUGAAGGGAGGAAAUAAGAUCAAAACUGCCAAAGCAUCCUUACAGGCAGCCAGACACUCGGUGUAUAAUAUUGGGUCAGAUACACUCUUCUCAGCCUGCCUCGCGGAGAUGAUGUUGUGAGCAUAAAGUGGCAGUAGAGCUGAGCCACAUCUGCCAGCGUGAGGUUGCUGGAGGAAAGCAAAAUGCAGCCACCAUGACUCAAGUGAAAGAAGAGGAGCUGAUGGAUAAUGAAGGGAAGGAUGCAUUAAGCUGCAGCCAAAGUGCUGCCACCAGUAGUCAAACUGAAGAUGGAGAGCCAACAGUGAGCAGCAAGAAGGAGGAGUCCUUUUCCUCUAGCUGCAGUAUAUCGGAACUGCUGCUGGUCUAUGGAAACCUUAAAAAGGAUCAGGAAAAGCAUUUGACUCUUAUAGAGUCUCACGCAUCCCUUUUCCAUGCUAUUCAUUCAAUUGUAAAAUGUUACAAGAAGACUGCAGAACGUGGUAAAAGCAAUGUCUUGGGCAUCAAGGAGCUUCAUCACCCUUCCCUUGGCAGGCCUGAGAAGGAGGAUGUUGUAAAAGAAAAACCUGCUUCUCUAAAAGACAGACGAAAAGACAAAGGCACUUCCAUGCGUAUACAUUCCAAACACCUGCUUAUGUCAAAAAGCAAAAGUGUUAUUUUUCGAAUGCAGCAGAAACAUGGUCUUGAAGAAUUGCCUCCAGCCUAUUUGCUUCCUUAUGUGGUGUUAAUUAAGAACUGCAUUUCCUUGCCAGUCUCCACCAUCCAAAAACUAUGUGUCUCUGGGGAGAUACUGUGCAGGAUGGAGUAUUUUAUGUUGAGGUGCACAAAGAAGAAAUCAACUCUGCCUGAAUCAGCAGAAUUAAGUGUUCCUAAACUGCCAACAGUUAAAGAAGUGAAGUACGUCACUUUUGACAGCCUGAAGGAUUUACAGUGGAAGUUGUUCAAAGGUUUGUUAAAACGGAAGCCCAAAACAACUGGAGUGUGGAGGGAACCAACAUACAGUUUUGGAAUUGAAGGUGUAUCUGCUCCCAAGGAUGUAGAAUAUAUCUUCCCUUUGAUGCCUAAAGACUGGAUAAUUGAUGACUCUCUUAAGUUUUCAGAGGAAAUGAUGCACCUGCUUCUAGAAAAAGAAUGAAACUCAUGAACAGAGAGCCAGAACCUGGAGAAUAUUUGUCUAAAAUACAUUGAACAACUUCCAGUGUUAGUUUAGUAUUCCAAUUUUUAUGAGUAAUUUACUUGUGUAAUGCAUGAAGUGAACUAUUGUGUGAUGUUUCAGGCAACAGAUAUAUAGUUGUUUUUGAGGUCUCUGAAAGCACCCCUGAAAAAGGUGCCUCUAAAGAUCAGCAUUUUUUUAUUUAGUGAUAAAAAGAAAAAUCCCAUUGAAAGACAGAAACUGUUUGCUUUAAUUGUUGUGCAGCACUCUUGUGCUGCCAGACUUCAAUAGUGAACUGCUACAAUGCAUGUGAAACAAAUAAUAUGCUUGUUUGAACCUGUUUUCCCCCUGUUGCUGCUGAAUUUUGGUGGCAUACAGGUAUGAUCCAAAUACAGGUGGGGUGCCAGAAUUGGGCCUUGUGUCCAUCAAAGAUGCCUACCCACCUCCAGUAUAAAGCACCUGGGUGCCUUUUAAUAGAUUUCAGAGAGGUGUACAUGUUAAUCUGUUCCAUCAACAAAAUCAGAAAUCUCCAAGAUUCUCAGUUAUGUUUCAGCCUGGAUCACAAAAAAUGCAAUACAAAACAAAACAAACUCCAAAGUAUUGCAGCAUCUUCAAGACUAAUACAUUUAUUAGAGGCUGAAUACUCAAAAGCUUAAUUUUUUUUAAUUUUGGGGUUAGAAAAGUGGGGGGCAUCUUAUA